GAAUUUCAGAUAUUGUGUUGCUCAGGCUGAUCUGAGACACACUCAUAACACCACUGUAAAGAUGGCGGCCUCCGUCAGAUAUUUACUGAAACCUUGGACACCGAGUGUGUGUUUCGUGAGAUGGAGUCGGUAUAAUCCAUACUAUCUGGAUCCUGAUCCCAGUAAAGAUGCUGUUCCAGAGUCAGAGCUUAGUCCUGAAGAAAAAGAGCUGCAGGAACUGAAAACAGUGAGUCCGAUAAAAGCAGCCUUGUCGAGCGACACCAGCUCUGCUUUCAGCGACCCGUUGAUGAGCAAGUUCAUCAACAUGAUGAUGCAAGAUGGCAACAAAAUCCUUGCUAGAGGAAUCAUGACACAGACGCUGGAGCACAUAAAGAGAAGACAGGUGGAGAAAUACCACAAGUCUCCCGCGGCGAAGAGAGACGAGGUGGAGUGUAAUCCGUACGCCAUCUUCCAUCAGGCUCUGGAGAACUGCAAACCCAUCAUUGGUCUGGCCAGUGUUCAGAAAGGAGGGAAGUUUUACCAGGUCAGCGAACAACCUUGAAUAUUUAUAUUUACU